AUAUCACUAGCAGAAGCGGGCUUUCGGCGUGGGCUUUCGGCGUGGGUGUGGGCGUGGGCGUGGGCGUGGUUGUUGGGCGUGGGAGCCAUCAUAGCUAGCGUACGAGUCGUCUCAGUCCUCAUCUCUCACCCACACAUCGGGAGCCACGGAAUCCAAUUUCCGUCCAUCACCUCCACCUCCACCUCCACCUCCACCUGCCCCACUCGGCUUUCUUCAUCCACGUCCAUCUCGAACGCUUCAAUGUCAACAAUCAUGGCGAGCACAUCAGACGCAGCAGCAUUCUACGCGACUUUCCAACGCUUGAAAGCAGACACGGCCGACGCACUAUCCCACAACGCCCCAGACGCAGCGCCCAAGCUCGCCGCCCUCCGCGCCGCGCUCGCAGCCGCCCGCCCCACCCUCCCGUCGUACGACCAGCGGAGCUAUGAUACUCAAGUACGCGAUCUCGAAACCAAGCUUGCCGCUUCGCGGGCAGAUAAGCCCAAGUCGCGCUUCGCAUUCAAGCGCGCCCCGCCGACGGGCGCCUCUGCCUCUGCCCCCGCCUCCGCUUCAUCGUCGCGGGCCCACUCCGCUUCGCCUGCGUCGCCUGCGUCGCCGGUCCCUCCCUCCUCCGCCCCCACCCCCACCCCCACCCCCACCCCCCCAGCGACAACAUACACCCUCUCGGCCCACCGCAACCGCACCCUCACGCCAUCCGACUACGCCGGCGUCGGGAGCUACACGCUCACGCUCUCCGACUUGGCCGACUGCGUCGUCGACCUGCGCGCCUCGCCCGGUCUGACGUCGCUGCACGCGCGCGACAUGCGCCGCUGCGUCCUCCUCGCGCCCAUCAUGGCCGGCUCGGCCAUGCUGUCCGACAUGCACGAGUGCGCCGUGGCCCUCGGCGCCCAACAGUUCCGGCUGCACGACAGCGCCGACUGCGCGCUGCUGCUGCACACCGCGUCCAUGCCCGUCGUGGAGCGCGCGUGCAAGACUUUGACUGGGUAA